UCCGUGCGCGCGCGCCCCUGGUCCACACGAAAGAGCCGGAGGAGCUGAUAACCCGCUUCACAGUUAACAGCCUGUCUCUGCGAUAUUAGUAACUCCCGGUAAAAUAGCACAAUGUCUGAAGAGAAGCCAAAGGAGGGAGUGAAGACGGAGAACGACCACAUAAACCUCAAGGUAGCUGGUCAGGAUGGGUCGGUUGUACAGUUCAAAAUCAAAAGGCAUACUCCGCUCAGCAAACUAAUGAAAGCAUACUGCGAAAGACAGGGAUUGUCAAUUCGUCAGAUACGGUUUAGGUUUGAUGGACAGCCAAUUAAUGAAACUGACACACCUGCACAGCUGGAGAUGGAGGAUGAGGACACUAUUGAUGUAUUUCAACAACAGACAGGGGGAGUCUUUUCUUAAGUUGGCUCUGGACUCAUGGAAGAACAUCCGCAUCAUUAUUUUCAUGUUGUAUUUGUUUUCACUACUUUUUUUCUUCUUCACUGUGCUUGAUCAGGCUGUUCACAACAUAAAAGAAAGUAGACGGUUUUUCAUUUGGGGCCAAAUCCUAACUUUGAGGUGCAGGGUAAUUUUUAAAAAUGUGUUUUAUUCACAUAAAUGGAUGAUUUUGAAAUUGUCCAAGGCAGGGACACGUCUCAGAUCAGAUAUGGCUCGUAAUGGGGGGAAAAACCACUACAUACUUUUGAUGUUGAAAUGACCUCAUGCAUGUCUAUAAACCAUAAGCUGAACUACAUGCCAAAAUCCUUCUUUUUUUUCUUUUUGUUUAUGUUUUCCAGAUCGUUGUGAGCAUUUAAAUUCAGGGUGGCCUCAACUAUUUUUAAUUCAUGAACUUGCUAUGGAGGAAAACUGCUGGAUGGGAACCUGUGGGUUCUCUCUGUAGAUGGGAUAGGCAUUAUGAAAUAUUUCCCAUGUAAUAAACUUUUGGUAGUGUUUGUUUUCUUUGUUUUCUUUUUUUUCAGUCAAAAUUAUUUGCAUCAAUGCCUAAGAAAAAUGCUUGGGCUGAGAAAUAUCCUUAUGGAUGGUUUCCUUCGAUACUGUCACCCUCAAAACUUAGUGGUAAAUAAAGUACAGUAAUGUUUCCGGACCAAAAAGCUAAAUGAAUAGUGUUCUUUUAUAAAAGGGUUUAGUUAAUAUAUAAUAUGUAGAUGUAGAAGGGCUACUGUGUCUAACAGUGGUCUUUGUUGUCACACGGCGACAGAACAGUUCUCCAUUGAAUUCUUUCCACCUUUUCAGGACUUUAGAUUUAAAAUAACUCACCUUUAACAGUCCAGAAAUUGAGUGUCUCAUCUAAGGUUAUAUAUUUCAGUCAAUUUUUAAAAUACUAUUUGUUAGCUUUGCAGGGUGACAUUGGCCUCCCCAUCCCCUCUUUUUUUUGAUUUGUACAUUAUUUGUUGUCCCUAUACUGUAUACAAUAAAUAUAGUUUGAUACUCAA